AUGGCGGUCUUGUCGCGCGUGGCGCUGGCGGUUGCCCUGCUCGCCUCCCCGGCCGCCGCCUACGUUGCCCCGGUGCCCGGCGAGGCCGCCCAGCAGCGUUCCGUCGCUUCGGCGGUCCAGCAGCAGCCGACACUCCUCGUGGAGGAGCUCGUGGAGGAGCCCGCGGCGGACAGCAACGCCUCUGGGGCGAUGCUCGGUGCGGCUGUGGCCAGCAUCGCCGGAGCAGUGGUCGGCUGGCUGCGCUCCAACAAGCAGAGGGCCGCCAGCGCCGCUGCAGCGUCGGCGGUGGCGCUCGUGGCUUCGGCUUCACCAGCGCUGGCAGAGGUCGACUAUAUCAACAUCGAGUACCUGGGCGGCAGCAACAAGGUGGACAUCAACAACGCCAACAUCAUGGCCUACCGCCAGUUCCCUGGCAUGUUCCCGACCGCCAGCGGCUGGAUCGGCACGCACGGCCCGUGGGAGAAGGUGUCGGACAUGUUGAAUGACCCCGAGCUCCCCGACAACCUGAAGCAGAUCAUCCAGAAGUACGAGAAGAACUAUGUUGCCUUCCCGGCCAACCCGGCCUACUUCAUCGACCGCAUCAACAACGCCAUGUACCGCUGA